UGAGUGGCCUUUUCAUGAUGGUUUGAUGGGUUUUCGAAGGUUGUUUCCGUUCCAUGUCCAUUCGAUGUAUGUGGUUUAUGGCGUGCAUAUGUCUCACCAUGUGAAUUGCCCUUCAUGUGGCAGGUCCCCUCUUUCUCGGAGAAUGGAUGGUACACUGAUCUCUUGGAAGGGGACUCGAAAUGGCUGGAUGCGUUCCCAGCCCCAGCCCUCCGUACGCUGAUUCCCCACGUUGAUUCCUACCGGUUCCUAGCGUCGCUUACGGAGAACGAGAUGAAGAAGUGCAACGAGAUGGCACUCAUGGAGAACAUUGAUUUAGUUAAGGGCAACUACCCGCUCACUCCGGAUACGAUGAAGCUUCCAAUCAUUGGCGACUUCGACCGCACCAAGUGUACUAUGUCUCCUUCUGCUUUAGCGGUUAGGGGUUUCAUGACGCCGAAACAGCAGACGGCUAUGGCUGAGCUGAAACGCAUCUGGAAUGUAGGCCGCCCGUACCUCAAAUGUCAGUGUGUCACGGAGGGGAAGGGUGAUUGUGGGAAGAACAUAUCGUGGCUGGAUCACGUCCUGUGGUAUCUCUUGUCUGACCUACACUAUCUCUUCCCGGAAGCCCCGUCGCUUAGAGCUAGAGCACGCGCAUUCAGAGUCAGGGCGAAGACCACGUGGCGGGCUGCCAUCCUUGCCUCCGUUGUGUUCACGCAUAUGAGGGAUGUGAUGGUGAAGAUGGCUUACAACGUUGCCAUCGACCCAAGCAGGACCGCGGCGAACACUCUGGAUGACCUUGCCAUCAUGUUGCACAAGUUUCCGAGAACCAUGGCCAAGCUCAUCCUUCCGACUCGCUAUGUGAGGGCGAAGGAGAAGAGGAGGGUUGAGGCUGCGUCAUCUUCGGCGACAAAGACGAUAAGGAAGCCGCAGCAGACCAUCCUGGAGUUCUGUGUCCCCCCUGCACGAGGAGACGUCACUGCACCAGCUCAGGAGAACCCUCUCCAGUUGGAGACUGCCACUCCACCUUCGUCCACAUCACGACCCAGGAUGACGCCCAGGCUUCCAUUUUGAGUAGGCCACUGAGAAGGAGCCCAAGGGGACUGGGCCUGGCCAAGAUCUCGCUGUUUAAAGGCUGA